GCAGCCUAUAUAAGCACAAAAUGGUCGCGCGAAAAUACCCUCCUAUUCGAAUACCUGACCCUCAUCUAUCCUUACCACUUCUCUACUACUAACAAUGGCACCCUCUCUUCGUCUUGGAAGCACCGCGCCUGACUUCGAGGCUGAAACUACUGCUGGGCCCAUCAAGUUCCACGAGUGGAUUGGAGAUUCUUGGGCCAUCCUGUUCUCGCACCCUGAUGACUUCACUCCCGUCUGUACCACCGAGCUCGGUGAGGUCGCGAGGAGGUCAGAGGACUUCAAGAAACGCGGGGUCAAGGUCAUCGGCUUGUCUGCAAACGGACUCGAGUCGCACAACAAGUGGGUGAAGGACAUCAACGAAUACGGCGCUCAGUUCGGUCCCACCGAUGUGCAAUACCCAAUUAUUGCAGAUGAGUCCAGGAAAGUCGCUACUUUGUAUGAUAUGCUGGACGAGCAGGAUGCGACCAAUGUGGACAAGAAGGGUCUGCCUUUGACCAUUCGCACUGUUUUCGUCAUUGAUCCCAAGAAGACCAUCCGUUUGACCAUCUCGUACCCUGCCUCGACUGGUCGCAACUUCGACGAAAUUCUGCGGGUCAUUGAUUCCUUGCAAAUCACCGACAAGCACCGUAUCGCAACUCCUGUCAACUGGAAGAAAGGCGACGAUGUUAUUAUCCACGCGUCUGUUGGUCCGGAGGAGGCCAAGACGCUCUUCCCCCAGCACACCACCUUCAAGCCUUACCUCAGGACCACUCCGCUGCCAUCUCAGUAAAGGUCCGGUGCUCGGCUAUUGAUCUGAUUCCCUCGUUGUUCAUUAUGAAAGUCUAAGGCUGGAAUAGGCGGCAUGGUGUAUGAGCUUGUAUGGAGUAUCCUGUAGUAAUUAGCAUAACAAACGGUUGUUUCUAUCAACGGUGCAAGGUACCGCAUCACUCGCCUGAGCAGAGAGAUGCGGUUCAAUGAUGAAUGUUAAGACUAUUCGCGGG